UCAGAAAAAGAGUUUGUCAUGCAGAACUCAGCCACUCAAUGUUAUGUUCUCUUUGCUUGGCUUGUCUUAUUUAGUUCUAGUCUACGAGUAUCCAGAGCUGUUCAGGAUUAUACAGGAACAAAUCAAACUCUACAGCUUGAGGCUCUUAAAACUAGUAUGCUGGAGUACUUAGGGAUGGACAGACCGCCACCAUCCAGAGGAAAGUCAUCUUAUCAGGAACUAAUCAGAAUAUACCGUCAAUAUCAGAACAUGAGGAGGAACAUGCAGUCUUUUCAGAGUGGCUCCAGUUUCCUCCUUCACACCACAGUGCGGCCAUUGAAUUCUCAGCAGAAUGGUCCUGAAUCAGUGACUCAAUGGUUCAGGGCUGUUUUUCACAGGGAGUCUCAAAUAACAGACGAGUUUCUCUUGGCACAAGCACAGCUGCAACUUCAAAGAACUCUGGAUAACAAUUUUGACCAACCACUGUGCAAUCAGAAAAUCCUGGUUAGAAUACACAUAACCUCCCAUUCUUAUAUGAAGAAGAUCCUUAAUUCAAAAAAAUUUAAAUCAAGAGGCCACAAUGUUACAGUUGAUGUGACUUUUGCGGUUAACAGAUGGCUUGUGAAGACUAGUGAUGCUUUACUAAUUGUUGACGUUGGCUUUGUUAGAAACAAAGAAGGUGAAACUGAACCCACUCCGCAGAUCUGUUUGGAACUUAAGCUAAUGGAUGGUAAAGUGAGAAAAGCUCGUUCCACUUAUGGAGAAAGCUUUGAGGAGGACAGCUACUGUGGUCGUAGGUCACUGAGUGUUUCCUUUGAGGAGAUCGGCUGGUCAGACUGGAUUGUGGCUCCUGCUGGCUACACAAUGUACUUCUGUGAUGGCUCUUGCCCACACAAUUACAAACCAGCCAGUAUGCACACUCAGAUAAAGUCACGUCUACAUCGCUUGACCAAGGGAGCGACGCCUCGCCCAUGUUGCGUGCCAGCUGACUAUGAGCCCAUGAUUCUCAUGCACUAUGAUAGCCGGGGAAAGCUGAAACUAACAUCCUUCAAUGAUCUGAUCGUUACCAAAUGCCACUGUGCCUGAAAAUUUUAGGCUGGCAUACGGAUACAGUUGUGGGGGAAAUAUUACUGUGCUUUUAAAUUUCAAAAAUAGUGUGCAACAAUGCUGUACAUGGACAUGGUUACGUUUCUAACAUUUCUGUGAUGGUACUCUUCUUCCUUGAAGGAGAAAAUACACCUGGAUACUCAGUAUUAAAAGCAAAGAAAAGC